AUGCUGUUUCCUUGUACCCCAUAUGAGGUUGUUCAAUUUACAGUUGAGAAAAUUUCAUUUUCAGGGAAAUAUGGGUUAACAAUUGAAGAGCUUUGGGAAUUCAUACAAUUAUCAUUCAAACAAACAGAGAGUCUAGACGACUUUCAGAAACAAACAAUUUGGCAAUGGCUAUUCUUUGAGAAUGAUGAUUAUGAUUCGGAACAAGAAUCUAAACUUUAUGUCACAUAUAAUAACAAUCCAAUUCCUAUUACAUUAAACUAUAACACAUUUAUUGCGAAUUAUCCAGAUCCAGAGAAUGUCAGGGUAUUGCCGCAAUAUGAAGUGCAGGCAUUUUAUUUGACCGGGGUGUCUAAUAAUAAGAUGUUUUUCAAAGCGUUAGGGGAAAAACCUUAUGAAUUAUUACAAGAAAUUGCCAAACAUGGCGCAAAUGGUAUCUGGUCCCCAGAUUUGGUAGAUGCAACUGGACAAGAUAACCGUUCAUUGACUGCACGUUUGAAGAAAUUAGAAGACUACAAUUUGAUCAUCAAAGAAAGUGCGUUCUAUGCUAAGAGAAAGUCCCACAGUAAUUUAAUUAUUCACCUGAAAUUCGCAGGAUCAGUUGGUGAUACGAUAGAUGAUGGAUCUUCUCAAGACAACCAGAAAAAACCAAAAAAGAAGAAAGCACCUGUAAAGAGCACAGGAGGUGGAGAGGGUGAUGAAGACGGAGAAGCAAAUAAUGAUGACGCAGACGCAGACGAAGAAGAAGAAGAUGGUGGUACAAGAUACUACUGGAGAUCACGUGAAAGAGUACGUAACCAUAUCAUCGAAGCUUGUAAGAAUGCUCCGCAUCAAAUUAGAGUGUUUCGAGAUUUGAAACGUGAAUUAAGAAUGCAUAAUUCCCAAGUCAAGUCACAUUUUUUCACAGCAAUUACCAAAUUUUUGCAUAAUGAAGGAAUUGUGGAGAAGGUUAACAUUAGGGAUAAAGAAACAAACAAACUAAUCUAUGCACUUAAGUUUGUGAAAGAUCCUCAAGAUGAAUUAAUUGAUAAUGACGAAUCUGAGUUUAAUGGUUUGAAUACGCAAAGUGAUGAGAAACAACAAAAUGGAGAUACUCUAGAUGAUGAUGACGAUGAUGAUAUUGAAACGGACGAGAAUAAGUCAGUGGUAUUGUUCAAUAACUUUUUCCCUUUGACAGUGUUAACUGCACAGGCGGUCCAAGAGUCGAAAGAUUCAGGUACAACUAUUAAAGAAAUCAUAAGAUCAUUAUUUGGAGAUUCAAGACAUAGAAUGGUUGAGAGGUUAUUUGACGUUCUUCCAUCUUAUCAAUUAAAGGGUGAUGCUUUAGAACAUUUGAAUCCAUUCCCAGAAGAAGAUGAAUCUACUGGUAUCAUGCGAACAUGUGAAUCAGAAGGUAAGAUCAAAUUCUAUCGAUUUUACAUGCGUGAUAAUUAUCCACAAGAGUUGAAACUUAAACCUGCAAAGAAGAAAAGACCGAUAAAUCAAGUAUUCAAGGAUGGUGAUUUGAACAAAGUCGAAAAACGAUUACGCGGAAAAUUAAACGAUAGAGGUAAAGGCCCAUUAGUGGAAGUACCAAAGAGACUAGGAUCGGCUAAUAUUUUGCUCCACCCAGAAAGAGGUGAAACUCUACCGGAGGUGGUAGAAAAACCAGUGGAAAAGGCGACUACUCCAAAGGUAAAGAAACCUAGACUUGGUAGUCUAAACAAGCCACAAACUAAGCUGGUAGAGAAGAAAACUAAAAAGAGAAAACUACCAGACGAACUGGAGGAUACGGAUCCUAUUAAAGGAAAUGAUAUACUAUCACGAAUUAAAAGAGCUGCCAGAAAACCACCUAUUGUUAUUGAUGAUGAUUAUGAUGACGACGAGGUGGUGGAAGAAGAAGAAAAAGAGGACGUUGCCACAGAAGAAAAUAAGGACGAGGAUUACAAAGAACCUGAAGCUGAAGCAACUGAAGAGGAUGUUGAAAUGAAAGAUGUCGACGAAGAUGAUGAUGAGUUGGAGGUGGUGGAAAUAAAGAUUACGAAUAAUGUAGCUGAUACAACUGACCAACUGAUAACCAAUGGAGAUACUUCUUUCAAUGAUGAUGUAUCAUUUAAUGAAGAGACAUCGUUUAAUAGUGAUACUUCUUUCAAUGAAGAAAAUGGUGGAACGCACAUUUUCAUUUCAAAAAAGACAAGGGAAAGAUCGAAUAAAAAGAAGAAUACUGGACUUCGUGAGAGACUCUUUGCUGAUAGUAAAAGUGAACUUAGACGUAACUUGAUUAUUGAGAUGACUAAAGAGAAGGGUGGUGUUGCUUACACAAGUUCUGAAUUUCUUAGAGAAUUGGAUGCCAGACUUGGUAAUACGACAACUAAAAGUGAUCGAAAAACGCUUACUCGUGAUCUUGCAAGAUUACAAGAAUCUGGUCAUUUGGAAGUUGAAGUGGUUCAUAUGCAAUUAAGUGGACAGGAUGUUACUCGUUCAUUAUUUUACCUAACAGAUGAAGGUUUGCGUCCCACUAAAGAACAAAUUGAUUUGGCUAGAGAAGACUGUAAAACUGAUUCUAGUCAUUCGACUACCAAGCAAAUGCCUAGUCAUAGAACCGUGGAAUCUGAAUAUACUUUGUUUGCUAUUGACUCUCCAUUCAAGGGGAGAAGGUUGGAAUCUUUGUCUAAAGCUACUUCGAGAGGACGUCCAAUGGGUCGACCAAGAAAGAUUCGUCAAGAGCCACCUGUUAAAGUGCCGGUUGAAGAUGAUGAUGCUUUAGACACAACAACGAAGAAGAAAACCAGAAGCAGAAAGAAGAAGAGUAAAAAAAUUGAAGAUGAGUUCAACGAAAGAGAAUUGGCGGAAAUUCCAGAAGCGAUCCCAAUUAAAAUCAAACCAGAGCCCAAGGCAGAAGUGUCAUCUAUUGUUAGAAAGAAACUUAAAAGGAAGACAGCACCUGAAAAGAGAUCUGGUAAAGGACGUUCCAAAGAUGGAAAAAAUACAGUUGCGCUCAAAAUGGACGAAGAAGGUGCUAUUACAUUAUUCAGAGCUGUUUGUAUUUCCAAGGCAUUUAUUCGUAAUAUGAUUGAUUUUGAUUCCAUUAGUGAAAUAUUCAAUAACGCUGAUGUUGAUUCCUUGAGAAAAUCAUGGUCGUUACUUCGAAGAUCAAUUGGUGGUGCAGAAGUUAUUAAUCGAGGGGUCAAGGAAUUUGAAAAGAUUGUAACCAAAGCCAUUGAAGAAGAAGAUGUUGAUUCAAGUGAUUUAGAAAAUAUAAAGUAUCCCUUUUUCUUGGAAUUGUGGUCUAGAUAUGAGGCUGAAUAUGAGCAAAUUUUAGAUGUCAUGCCAUUGUACAAAAAUAUUGAAGAUAAUGAUAAACAUUACGAAAGAAUUCCAGUUAACUUGUUUACUUAUGAAACGUAUGAUGUUUAUGAAACCCAAUCUAUGACAACCAGAGAAAUGCAACUUGCAAAUACUCCAUUUUUUGAAGACAACACAGAAAAUAAUAAUAAUGAUUUACUGAAAGUAUCACCACAUAAAGAACAUGAUGAUGUACGCACUGUGUUCAAAGCUGUGUUUGGUACAUCUAAACUGAAUGGUGCACCAGAACAACUUGAUAGACUUUUGAGACAUCAUACAACGCUGGUUCUUCGUACAGUUUCAGAAGGAAUGAUCCGGGAUAAAGAAUUGGUAUAUUAUGGAGAUGAUAAUGAAAAUAAUUUUGUUUUGACAGAAAAAGUAUAUGCUGCAUUACAAGUUAGAAUCAAAUCGUUAUUUUUCAAUAAAGCAGCUCAGUUUAGGGAAAGUUUAAUUCCUGUAAUCAAUUCAAAUAAAGGGCUCAUAUUGUCACAAGGUAUAAGCAAUGGACAAAUGGCACAGGUUUUACAAUUAGUGUCUGAAUCUUGUAUCAGUCUUGGUAGAAUUGACAAGAACUAUGAUUUUGAAGGAUAUGAAUCAAGAUUGUUGAAUAAAGGAUUUUUAGAUUGUGAAAUUGUGGUGUAUAAACCAGAAACAUGCAUUCCAUUAGAAGAAGAUACUAGAAUGACAACGUCUAUACCUACGGGUAAAGUAUGUUCAAGAAUUUGGUUAGAUGUCAAUGGACAAAUUGAUAGUAAAUUAUGGAGAGAUAUCCUUGUUGCAGUAUUGUACCAUUUCCAUUUCCGUCCAGGAGUUACUCUUGAAUUAAUUUUCAAUAAAUUUGAUUCAUUAUUAAGUGCAAAUGAUUUCAAUUCAGUUAUUGAAUGGUUAUUAGAAAAUGAGUUUAUUAGAAAAGGAUCAUUUGGUGGGUUCUAUACAACUGAUAAUUGGUUAUCUGUAUUAGGUAGUUAA